AAGAGAGAACUUCCGGGUUGCAGGUGCACGACUUCACCUCUAAACCGUUUCUCCCGUUUCUCUACCGGGACGUGAUUGUGUUUGUUUCCGUUAACCGGCUCUCAGUCACGGUUCAGCCGCGGUUCGUCCCCUCACCGACCCCCUGAUGGCCUCCAGGCGGCCGGACAGCUUUGACGGACUCGGCUACCGGGGCCGCGACGACCCGCUGUACGGAGCCAGCUACCCGGUCCGGAGCGCUGGAGCCCCCGCAGAGCUUCAACACCACCACUGGGUCACGACGCCGCCGGACAUCCCCGGCAGCCGCAACCUGCACCACGGAGAGCGGACACCGCAGUCUGACGAGCCGCUGGGAGAGCACGGAGCUCCCGCAGCCGGCUGGGACGCUCCGCAGCCCGGCGUCCCGCCUGUCGAGCAGCUGAAUCGAUUCGCAGGAUUUGGAAUCGGACUUGUCAGUCUGUUCACAGAGAACGUGCUGGCUCAUCCGUGUAUCGUCCUCCGCAGACAGUGUCAGGUGAACUAUCACGGCCGCUGUUACCACCUGACUCCGUUCAGCGCUGUCGCCGUCAUGUACGUCAUCACUAAGGCUCAGGGUCCGAAGGCGCUGUGGAAGGGAAUGGGCAGCACCUUCAUCGUCCACGGCAUCACACUGGGAGCCGAGGGCAUCAUCAGCGAGUUCACCCCGCUGCCACGGGAGCUUCCUCACCGGUGGAGCUGGAAACAACUCGCUGGUCACCUGCUGCUCAAAGGGUUAACAGCUGUGGUGGCUCUUCCUUUCUACUGCUCCAGUCUCAUCGAGACGGUCCAGAGCGAGAUCGUCCGUGACGACUCAUCGUCUGGUCUGCUGGACUGUGUCCGUGAGGGCAUGGCUCGCCUGUUGGGCGUCGGCGCUCCUCACAGUCGCCGUCUGCUUCCUCUCAGUGCUCUGCUGCUUCCCGCCGCGCUACAUGCCGUCCUGCGAUACGCCAUCGCAGCCUCGGUGCAGCGGGCAGUUCUGUGGCUGCACCAGCGGAGCAAGAAGCAGCGGGUGGAUCCAUCCAACCCACUUGACAGCUACUUCCCUGAGCUGGCGGCGGCGUGGGCGGGGUCUCUCGUGGCCGACGUGAUGGUGUUUCCACUUGAGACUGCGCUGCACCGCCUCAGCCUGCAGGGCACGCGCACCAUUAUUGAUGCCACCGACGGCGUGGUUGCCGCAGGAAACGGCGGGAGCCCGCUGGUACUUCCUGUCAACACGCAGUACGACGGCUUCUCUGAAUGCCUUCACGCCAUCCGCCGCAAAGAGGGCAUGGCCGGGUUCUACCGGGGGUUCGGAGCGCUGGUGGCACAGUACGCGCUGCACGGAGCGCUGCUCGCUGCGGCCAGGACGCUGCUGAGGCUGCUGCUGCUGGACGCCAAGCACAGCUAGAGGCGUUACCAGGGAGACGCAGAGAGGUCACCUGGUUGUGACAGGAAGAAACGUCUCAGCGCUCCGGACUCUUUACACCUUCAUCUAAUAAUAAUAAUAAUAAUAAUAAUAAUGAAUUUCACAUAUCUCAGUACAGCAGACACAGAAUCACCAUAGCAACCACAGCAAAUGCCACAAACUGCACUGGAUCGUCAUGACAACCACCUGCUAACACCUAGCAACCGCUUUGUGACAUCAUGGCAAAGCCUUGCCACUGACAGGAUCGCCAUAGAAACCCCUAAAUGAACCAACAGCCAUCUGGUGCUAUGGUGCUAUAGUGACACACUGAGCGUGUGUCACUUCCUGUCUUCAACUAAUGACACUAUGGAAAUGCCAUGUCACUUACUGUCCCAGCAUGAAGUCGUGUGUUAAAAUACUGACAGCUGAUUGGUUACCUGCUGUCAGGUGUCGCUGUUCAUUUGUAUAAAGUUGUAAAAAUGAAUUAAAUGUAGAUUUAGAUUAAAUUAUGUGAGUUAUUAUAAUUUAAUAUUAAUAUUCAAGUCAAACAAUUGAAUGAAAACCAUUUCAAAAUAAAUAAAUAUGAAUAAGGGAUGUCACACCUGGCGUCAUGUGAUGUUGUUUUUCUGUCAAAUGUUGAAACUUUAGAAAAAUUAAAAUUUCAAUGUGUUUUUGUCUGGAGCUGAAAUAAAAAUAAAUCUGGUCUUGUGAA